AUGGAUUGUGGUGCUGUUCAAGCCAUGGCGUUCCAAAGCGAACAUGUGCACACAUGGUUUGCAUACUCGGUCGUGCAUGGCGGUGAGGGGCAGAGAAAGCCGAGGCAAGCCAUGGGUUGCCAGAACAGGGAAUGGGUGAAGCCGUUAGGGGUUGCAAUAGGCCAGUGGUGUGCAGCAAGGCGGCGCAGCCAUUGGCGGUGGGCAGAGCAGUGGGGGUGGGCGCCGGCGUUGGUCAUGGAUCCAAUCCAAACAACAUGUCAGCCUCACAAAACGUGGCUUGAGCCGCUGCACGGGGACAGAGGGAGAGCGAAGAGGGGAGAGGGGAGAGGGGAGAGAUGGGGCGGUAGGCAGAGGUACCCGAUGGCGGCCUCGAGCCAUGCGUCUCCUCUACGCAAGUACUUGAGCAUAUCCAUGGCUUCGUCGUCAGUCGCAGAAGCGGCACUGCUAUGUCAUGUCGCAGCAUCUGCUGUCUGCUAUCAAAUCGGCUCGCAGACACCCUGGUCGGGAAGUCGGGUCAGUGCGCCGCCUCCCUGCACGAGGGCGUGUCGUGGGUGGCUCCGCUCAGCGGAGACGCAGAUGCAGAUGGAGUCGAGUGGACCAUGUCGCGCUACUACUGAUGCUUCCCUGUCCUUCCUCGAGUCCAUGUCUGAUAUACCCCAAAAGCCGCGUGCUGCUCACUUCGCCCGUCAACGUCGCAACCAGCGCUGA